CCUCCUCAGGGCUUCCAGGGCCAGGGUUCCCAGUUCGGCUCCCCGCCCAAGCCUUCCAAGGAUCCCAGCCCCACCUAGCCCCCCCUCCUCUUCCUGCCCACGUCGCUCCUCCGUCCCCAUCCUUGCCGCAUGCAACCGCGACCCACUCCUCGUCCGGCCCCGUGGUCGAGCAUCACCACACCCACAUCCACAUCACAGACGGCGCGGCGGCGGGAGUGGGCUUCCGCUCACUAACCCGGGGAGUCCUUCCGGCCUUCCUUGCCGGUGCGCCCGCAGCCCGACGUCGCCCACGGAACCCUCUUCCGCCCCGACGCCCCCGCGUACCGUGAGGAGUGCGAGUGCGUCCAUCCCUCCUUCUGCGCCGCCCACGACGUCGUCCCUCGGAUCAACGACCCGCGGGACAUCAGCAACCUUCUCGACGCCCGCUCGCUCCACGCGGACAUCCUCUCCAACGCCACCGACGCCGAGGAGGACGUGACGACGACCGCAAACCCCGGAGAAGAGGAGGCCGAGGAAUCGCGCGCGAGAAGAGACACGCUUGACCAUCUGGCGCCGCUUGAUAACUCUACUGACCAUCCUCAAGGG